AGGGCCGUUCCGCGCUGACUCCGCACUGACGACGAAAGCAUGAUCGCUGGCAUGCUGUAGGAAACGGCCGGCUCGGAUCUAGCGCGCGUUGGUGAUUUGUGCUGUUUUUCCAAAUGCUAGUGAAUAUAUUGCAUAGAGGGGUAGGAAUUUCCGUCAUUUCAAUCACUUUUCUGGCUUCAGUGGGCGUUCGUUCGUCGCGUGGUGAGGUGAAUGAUAUAUCAAUAUAGGCACAGGAGCUGAGACAAGUGGAAUGGAGACAACUGCUGUUCCUGCUGCUAGGGUCAAACAGGAGCCUCGAGCCGACGAUGAUGAGAUCAACCAGCUUGCGGCACGAAUGGUGGAGCAGCACCGGCAGAAGGCGGCGCAGCAGCUGCUGCAGCAGCAGCAGCUGCAGGCGCAGCGGCCGCAGCAGCACCAGCUGCGACAACGGCCUGCUGGCCAGACCAACAUCACCAGCUUUUUUGCUACCGCUCGCGACGGGAGCCAAGGGAAGCGGGGAUCGGCCGACCUGGCGUCACAACUGCUCGACACGGACAGUGUGCGCAUGCGCUUUGGCUGGUCGGUGGUGGGUCAGCACCCUCUGCCUUGCCUAUUCCGUAAGGGAGAGCGGUUUUGUCCAGUGCGUGCGGUGGAGAAGAUGCUGCUCAGUCUAUACCUGCAGAAGCUGCCCAUGGAUGUGUGCAACUGUACCUCUAUUAAAAGCUACUUUGUGACAGAAAACGAGGCCAAAUUGUUGAACGAAAUCAACUACCGUCACUGUGAGUAUUUCUAUGGACGUGAGGCCUUCACGCCCAAAGACUGUAUAGUGCGCGUUGAUGAUGCCCGACAAUUUGCCGAUUUUCUGGCUUUGUGCGAACGAAAGAUGGUAAACAUGCAGAGUAAGCCCGACGACAGAUGUGGCUUCCUGCGCAUUAACGGUGAAUCGGUGGUGCCAUUUACCAUCAAACGCGUCACAGUGAAUGGUGAAAAACGUGAUGUGCGUUUCGUGCCACUUUUCUACUUCGAGGGUGAGACAGAGCAUCUAAAACACAAGGCGGAACAAUUGACUGGUUGGGACCUGGCGUACCUGAAACUGUGCUGCAAAGUGCAGGGCAUCCGCAGCGAACUAUUCCAGAGUGACACGUGCGACGUUGUGAGCUUAGAUGAUGUGAAACGUCACUUUCCAAGUGGAACUCAGUUCCAGACAUGGUGGCCGAUUAAGCGCUUUGAGUUCAAAUUGACCAACCAACCAAAGCCGAGUUUCUGGGAGUGCCAGCCGCCGCCGAGCAGCAGCCAGGUGACGCCCGUCUCAGCGACGGCCGGCCGCGUCACCGUCUCGCGCCAGACAACGGCGACGCCUGUGGCCAGCGCAGCCGCCCCACCGGCCUCACGCUCCCAGAUGGCCCAGUGGGCGUCGGGUCGGCUUGGCUCUGCAGCUGUGCAGCAGCGGACACCUGCAGCCGCAACGGCCAGCUCCAACACCACGUACGGCCAGCUGCUUCUCACCAACGGGGUGCCCAUCACGUCCGUGCUGACGGCCGUCAAUGGUCAGCUCCGUCAGUCGAGCCUGUCGCAGUCCGCGUCCGGCGCGCCAAGGCUCAGCGGCCAGUCGAGUCUGCCGCCCGCCUAUCAGACGGCCUUGACGCCGCAGUUGCUGGCACAGAUGCAGCAGCAAAUGUCGGUCUACAGCAGCCCCAGCGUGGUCCGCCAGGAGGGCAUCCUGUCGUCAGGUGCGCCACCUCGGUCCGCCAGCGCUGCUUCGAACGGCCGGCAAGCGCCGCCGCUGCUGCCCAUGUCGGCGGCCAAGCGGGCGGCGCCGUCGGGCGAGCCGCCGCGGCCGGUCGACCUGAGCCGCACGGCGCUGGACGGCACGCGGCUUCUGCAAAUGCCCCGCUCUCAGUUCCGCUCGCCCGUCUCCAACCUGGAUCCGUUCAUCGCCCAGAAGACGAAUAUCGAGAACCGUACGGUGCCGUGCAUUAAUGGCGUGGCGCACGACUUCUCGGUACUCUACGUCAGUCUGCACGAUUUGGUGAAGCACGUGUUCCCCAAGGUGCCGGUGCGCUCGUUCCAAGAGAUCCUGGCCGUGCUGGGUAUCUACGUCUUCAAAGCGUCACCGGAGCACCUGGUGACUCUGAACCUGGCUGGCGGGCAGGUGCCGGCCGACAGAACCGUUGGGCUGGUGCGGCUCACCGAUCUGCUCACCUUCAUGCCGCAGAUCAUGUACAUGUGCUCUAGCGAGAGCGCCAAGCGACUGCGGCCCAGCUGACUGCGAGCCGCCGAUCAAUGUGAUACUAGUCCUGACCUGCUGUUGCACUACUUAUUUAUUGGAUGACUCUUGAAAAGAAUACAUGCCUUGUCCUGUU